GGGCGUGCCCAUGGGUGACGCGCGGGGCGCGCAGGCCAAUGGGCGCGGGGUGGCGGGCAGGCCGGCCUCCAGCCCCGGGCUUUAGGACGCAAACCGGAGGCCUGGGACAGACCCACAUUGGGCUGCAACGCAGAAGACACACGGAGGCGAUGGCGCUAGCGCGGGCCUGGAAACAGAUGUCCUGGUUCUACUACCAGUACUUGCUGGUCACGGCGCUCUACAUGCUGGAGCCCUGGGAGCGGACUGUGUUCAAUUCCAUGCUGGUUUCCAUUGUGGGGAUGGCCCUGUACACAGGAUAUGUCUUCAUGCCUCAGCACAUCAUGGCGAUAUUGCACUACUUUGAAAUUGUACAAUGACCAAGAUGUGACCAGAAGCAAGAGGUUCCUUAGGGAAGACCCACCCUCUGAAGUUGGAAUGAGACUCCAUCAGAUGUCAUAAGAAACUCUACUAGAUGUCAACGUGACCAACCCUAUGACUAUAAAGACUGAAAUUCAUGAGUAGAACAGGAAAAGAAUCCUGACUCAUGUGUUGUGUUCUUUAUUUUUAAUUUUAAAAGAGGCUCUUGUAUAGUAGUUUUUGUCUAUUUUAACAUUGUAGUCAUUUGUACUUUGAUAUCAGUAUUUUCUUAACCUUUGUGACUGUUUAAAUAUUACCCUGUGAAAGCUUUUCUUAAUGUAACUUUGAGUACAUUUUAAUUGCCUUCUAUUUCUAAAACCCAAAGUCAUUAGUUGGGCUUUACCAUUCUUGCUAUUGUACGGCAUAUACAUCUGCCUGGAUAUAUUUCUACUCUUGACCAAAGUUUUGUAAGAACUGGGGCAGGGGGUUGGGGAGGGAGGAUAUUUUAUUGAGAACUAUCUACAAAAGACUUAUCUGUACGUUUGAACUCAGGAGUACAGUUCUAGUUCUCUAGACUAUAACAGCUUCUGCUCUAAAACUGUUAAUGUGUUUCUUAACAAUGAAAAAGGAAGAUCUUGCUAAAGUUAAAAAUGAGGAACAUUUCACCUUUUAAAUAUUUAAUUCUUAUGUGGACUCAUUUCCAGAAAACUUUGGUGAUGAUUCUUGUGACAGCAGAUGAUUAAGUAGCAUUAUUGUAUAAUGUUAUAUACCAUGGAGUUUUUAAUAGAAAGGAAAUCAGUUUCCGCUGAGGGUCAUUAUUAACAGUGUACUUCCUUAAGUUUAGUUUUGUGAUAGUAGUGGGUGCUGGGAAUGCAUUUGAACAUUGAGAUAACAUGUGAUGAGAUGAAUUGUUGAAAGCUAUAGCAAAAAGAAAUGUAAACUUGGUUAAAAUCCUUUGUCACUCUUUGUAUUUUUUUUUUAAAGAUUUUUAUUCCUUAAAUGUAAAAUGACAAAUUUUUUGAUGUAAACUCAUUAAAUUCAAAGAGAAAAA